ACGCUACCGAUGUGUUCGCAUAAAAAGCUGUUUAACUUUAUAAAAACACACACAUUAAAAUCGUGCUUUAAUUAACACCUCACAUUAUUCAUUCAUUCAUUUAUAUAAACUAGAUAAACCUUCCACCGCUCUCUCUUCACUUUCAUUUUGAAACAACAACAUGAAUCAUCAUCACAAUCUCACACCUAUCAAUUUCCUCUCUCACCAACUUCCUUAUCAUCCUCCUCUCUUUCUACAACCUAUGAUUCCAAACUCUGCCAAUUUCAGUGUAAUGAAGGAUAGUAUUAACAAGGAGGCUAUAUGUGAACAAAUGACAAUCUUUUAUGAUGGGAAAGUAUUUGUGUUUGAUGAUAUUCCAGCUGAAAAAGCUAAAGAGAUUAUGUCUUUUUCCACCAAAGGAAUUAUCUCUCAAAACCAGAAUAACUAUACUCACACAUUUGUUCAUGACCACCCUCAAGUACCAUCCAUACCUAUUAUUUAUGAUUUACCAAUGACUAGAAAAGCUUCACUUCAUCGGUUUUUGGAGAAAAGGAAGGAUAGAAUUGCUGGAAGGGCACCAUAUCAAACAAGUAAAUCAGCAACCCUUAAUAAGCCAAUUGAUGAAUCCAUGGCAUGGCUGUCCUUAGCACCUCAAUCACCACAAGACAACAAAUCUGAGUGUAGCUCAAGCUCUGUGUUAUUUUGAUGUGUUUGUUGGAUGGACUCCAACAUUUAAAGGGUUUGUUUCUCUAUGAACAGGAUCAAUCUGCUGUCUGUUUCUCUAUUUUUGUAACAAUGAGUCCUAUGUUCACAAAAAUAGGUAUAUAUGUUUAUGAAUGUUUUGGCUCGUGCUUAUUAGUAACCAUAACUAAGAGUGUAGUUCUGAUUGACCCCAAAAGAAGUGUACUUCUAGUUACUUACAUUUACUAUGUGCGUGUCUAUUUAGCAUUGUUGUCAUAGAAAAUGUCCUCAAUAUAUUAUGUCAUUCUUCUGUCAUACUAA